AUGCUGCAGGAUAAAGGCCUGUCGGAGAGCGAGGAGGCCUUCCGGGCCCCGGGCCCAGCGCUUGGGGAGGCCAGCGCCGCCAACGCCGCCAACGCCGCCAACGCCCCCGAGCCCGCGCUGGCUGCGCCGGGUAUCAGCGGAGCCACGCUCAGCAGCCCCCCUGGCCCGGGUGCCGACGUCACCUCCGCGGAGCAGGUAGGGCCGGGCCCGCCGGGCACCAUCGAGAACAUCAAAGUGGGACUGCAUGAGAAGGAGCUCUGGAAGAAAUUCCACGAGGCUGGCACCGAGAUGAUCAUCACCAAGGCGGGCAGGAGGAUGUUCCCCAGCUACAAGGUAAAAGUCACAGGCAUGAACCCCAAGACCAAGUACAUCUUGCUGAUUGACAUCGUCCCUGCAGAUGACCAUCGCUACAAAUUCUGUGACAACAAGUGGAUGGUGGCGGGUAAGGCUGAGCCAGCCAUGCCAGGAAGGCUUUAUGUCCACCCGGAUUCUCCUGCCACUGGGGCCCACUGGAUGCGGCAGUUGGUCUCUUUCCAGAAGCUGAAGCUGACAAACAACCAUCUGGAUCCCUUUGGCCAUAUCAUCCUCAAUUCCAUGCAUAAGUACCAGCCGAGGCUGCACAUCGUUAAGGCCGAUGAGAACAAUGCUUUUGGCUCUAAAAACACAGCCUUCUGCACUCACGUGUUUCCAGAGACCUCCUUCAUCUCCGUGACCUCCUACCAGAACCACAAGAUUACACAGCUGAAAAUUGAGAACAACCCUUUUGCCAAGGGAUUCCGGGGCAGUGACGACAGUGACCUGCGUGUGGCCCGGUUGCAGAGCAAGGAGUAUCCAGUGAUUUCCAAAAGCAUCAUGAGGCAGAGACUUGUCUCCAGUCAACUCUCGGCCAAGCCUGACGUCAGCCCCCUGCACAGCGCACACCAGGCGCUGCAGCACUACCAGUACGAGAAUGGGGCCCACAUGCAGUUUGCUGCUGCUGAGCCGCAGGACCUACCACUCAACACCUUCCCCACACAGAGGGAUUCCAGCCUCUUCUACCACUGCCUGAAGAGACGAGACAGUGCCCGCCACCUGGACUUACCCUGCAAGCGAUCCUAUCUAGAAGCUCCCUCUUCAGUGGGGGAUGAUCAUUACUUCCGCUCUCCCCCUCCCUAUGACCAGCAGAUGCUGAGCCCCUCCUAUUGCAGUGAGGUGACCCCCAGAGAAGCCUGUAUGUACUCAGGCUCAGGGCCCGAGAUUGCAGGGGUGUCUACGGUGGAUGACUUGCCCCCUCCCCCACUGAGCUGUAACAUGUGGACAUCAGUCUCACCUUACACCAGCUACAGUGUGCAGACCAUGGACACUGUGCCUUACCAGCCCUUCCCCACGCACUUCACCGCCACCAGUAUGAUGCCUCGGCUGCCUACCAUCUCGGCCCCGAGCUCCCAGCCGCCAGGAAAUGCCCACUUCAGUGUGUACAAUCAGCUGUCACAGUCUCAGGUCCGUGAGCGGGGGCCUGCUGCUGCCUUCCCUAGAGAGCGUGGCCUCCCCACAGUAUGUGAGAGGAAGCCGCCCUCGCCACACCUGAACGCUGCCAAUGAGUUCCUCUACUCACAAAGCUUCUCCUUGACCCGGGAGUCAUCCUUACAGUAUCAUUCAGGAAUGGGGACUGUGGAGAACUGGACUGAUGGAUGACAUGACUGCUUUGUCUCCUUGACAGGACCCUGUCAGUCCAGUAUUGACCUCUAUGGGUGGCCGGCACUGCAAGAAACAUGGGAAAGUAUUUCAGAGGGGUGUGUGUGUGUGUGUGUGUGUGUGUGUGUGUGUGUGUGUGUGUAUGUGUGUGUGUAUGUGCAUGUAUGUGGUUGGAGUGCAUCUAUCUUCUGACAUAUAGUUGAGAUCAUGUCAAGAAAAAAAUCAAUUAUCUAAGAAGUGAUUUGGGCUGCAGGAGCUGAGUCCACUGUUACCAGGCAUCUCUUGACAUGCCCUCGGUAGGACAGACAUGGAAGGCUCAUGAGUUAUUUAGGGGUUUCUAAAAUAUAAUCUGGUUUACUCAGGAGCCAGGUAGGGUCUCUGCCACCAAAGGAAGAGACUCUUUUUGCUGGGGUGGGAAGUGUCUGUGCACAUCUUGGGGUUCCUGGCCUUCUACUUGCAAGGGGAGCUGCCAGUCUUGUGGGAACAGAAGGUCCCCUCCUUUGGCUUCUGGAGACUCGCUGAGCUUCAGAGCCCUUUGAGAGCAGAGUUGCCUGAACAGUAGCCUGGAUGUUGAUUCCUGAAGUUCCAAGUUCUGAGGCAUGACUUUCAGAAAGGGUCAUGUGCUAAAUGUUGCCUCCCAGGCAGAGGGAAAAUACCACCAGUAGCAUCUCUGUCAUCAUUCAGGUUUUGUCAUAAAGUACAAAGCCCUUUCCUCCCAGUUCUCAACAUGUAGUCUCUCGGCCUGAUGACAGGCAGUUAAACACACCUCAACUGGUAACAUCUCCUGGAGACCUCAUCAGAGCUGAUGUUCCCAUCUCCUGGGUUCAUUCUGCUCCCAGAAAAUCCACACCCAGAAGCCAGCAGAAAACACUAGAACUGAGAAAAAGUAAUUCAGCGGUUCAAGCUCAGAGGAGCAGAGGAUUCUUCUGAAACGGGGAGAGUGCAGCCUCCUCAGUUUUGUUCCUUGAAUGUCACCAGACCAUCGGUGUGGCUGGUGUGAACUCUAAAUCAAGUGUUUGGGAAAUCACUAAACUCUUUGCAUGCUGAAUAGCUAUUUAUAUAUUAUAUAAAUAAAUA